GCUCGUCCCGGAGCCUUUCCGCCGGCGGCGCCGUUGCUACGGGGCGCGGGAGGCGCCGAAAGCGAACGGCGAGGGGCGGGCAGGCGGCAUGGCGGCGGCCGGGCCGGAAGAUCCGUCCCUAGAGAGGCACUUCAAAGGCCACAGAGAUGCUGUCACUAGUGUGGACUUCAGCCUCAAUAAGAAACAACUGGCAAGUGGCUCGAUGGACUCGUGUCUGAUGAUCUGGAGUAUGAGACCUCAGAUGAGAGCCUAUCGCUUUGUGGGCCAUAAAGAUGCGGUGAUGUGUGUUCAGUUUUCCCCUUCUGGCCACCUAGUUGCUUCAGGAUCCAGAGACAAAACAGUGCGUUUAUGGGUUCCUAGUGUCAAAGGAGAAUCUACUGUGUUCAGGGCUCAUACAGCAACUGUGAGAAGUGUUCAUUUCUCCAGCGAUGGCCAGUCCUUGGUUACGGCUUCUGAUGACAAAACGGUCAAAGUGUGGACAGUUCACAGGCAGAAGUUUCUAUUCUCACUUAGUCAGCACAUAAACUGGGUUCGCUGUGCCAGGUUCUCUCCAGAUGGACGCUUGAUUGUAUCAGCCAGCGAUGAUAAAACUGUCAAACUGUGGGAUAAAACCAGCAGAGAAUGUAUACAUUCCUUCUGUGAGCAUGGGGGGUUUGUGAAUCAUGUGGAUUUUCAUCCCAGUGGUACAUGCAUUGCUGCAGCUGGUACAGAUAACACAGUGAAGGUGUGGGAUGUUAGGAUGAAUAGACUUCUUCAACAUUAUCAAGUGCACAGUGCUGUGGUAAACAGUCUUUCCUUUCAUCCCUCUGGAAAUUACCUGGUUACUGCUUCCAAUGAUUCAACUCUUAAAAUUCUGGACUUGCUGGAAGGAAGACUUCUGUAUACUCUCCAUGGUCACCAGGGUCCAGCCACCUGUGUAGCGUUUUCAAGAGCGGGAGACUUCUUUGCCUCUGGAGGUUCUGAUGAACAGGUGAUGGUAUGGAAGACUAAUUUUGAUGCAGCAGACUAUGGUGAAGUGCUGAAAACACAGAAGUCUGGCUCUAGUGUGGAUGGGACCUAUCACAGUCUGCUAUCAGAAAUGGAUUGUGGUGUUCACCUUAAGAAAACUAAAACUCAGGAUUCUGGUAGGAACCACGAGCAGCAACAGGACAGCAGUCUUGCAACUACCUUGGAACAUAUCAUGGGACAGCUGGAUGUUCUGACUCAGCUGAACUGCUGAGAUGAAAGAUGAUCAUCUGUGAGUUAAGCAUCUUAGCUGCAGUGGAAGAUUUGUAUUGCCAAUUGUUAUCAUAAAGAGUUUGUAUAGUCUUGCCCUCACUCCAGACACCUGCAGUUGCUCCAUUCACUCUGAUAAUCCCUAGCACAGGUGUGCAGUGAGCACUGAGGAAAAAGCCACUGUUCUUAACGUGGGAAGAAGGAAGGUGUCAGUUCUACAUGAAGUGUCCCGAGCUCUUCAUCUGAGAGAGUUGUGGACGUUGUGUUUGGGACAUGGUGUACUGGUGGACUUAGUAGUGUUAGGUUGAUGGCUGGACUUGGUGAUCUUAAGGGCCUUUUCCAACCUAAAUGAUUCUAUGUAUGAGGUUACCAUAAAAGUUCAUAAAUAGCUGUGGUAAUCCACCCACAGGAAACAGUUUCAAAUCCAUCCCCAAGCUAAUCUGGUAUUGAAGCCGGGAGAAAACAACGCAGUGAAAUGUGAAGAGUUACUAAAUCUGAAAGGUAAUGCAAGCCAGAACUGAAGGACAGUUUAGCUCCAGUGAGAUUAAAGGAUUAUCUCACUUCUUCCAGAAGAGAUUGCAGAGGUGGGGAGAAAAAUAUUUUGUAAAAAAUAUAUUU